AUGCAAUCAACAAGUAAUUCCAAUACACAACAAGCAACCACUCGUACCAACCGAACACGAAUGGCUUCAUCAGAUUCCUGGUCACCAUUGAAAAAUUUCCCGACUAUUUUAAUGACUCGAACAUCAUUCAAAGUCAAUGAAGAGCAUCUACUCAAUCUAGCAAUCAAGGCGCGGUUAGAAAAUCGUGAAUGUGGAUAUUUAUCACGACGUGGUGGACAAGAUCCUUCAUCAUCGCCUAAUAAAUGGCAAUUGAAAUGGUUUGUUUUGUAUCAAAAUCUCCUUUUUUAUUACGAAAAUGUCAAUUCAUCGAAGCCACAAGGAGUUUAUUUCCUCGAAAGUUGUUACUCAUCAAGAUCACCAGCAAAGAAUAGCAAAGACGGAGAAAAACUAAAUUGUUUUUCAAUUUCGUACUCUCGAGAUGGUCGAAACGCGAUUGAAUUUGCAGCUGAAUCAGAAACUGAUUGUCAAGUUUGGAUUGAAUGCAUCCAAACAUGCAGUUAUAACCGACUGCUUUCGUUAAAAGAAGAACUUGAACAGAAAUAUCUGCAUUUAUCUCAAGUCUAUGAAAGUGAAACGAAAACUAAAUAUCAAUAUUUACAACAAGUGGAAGAACUUUCGACUGAAAUUCGAGAAUUACGCCGUGAAUUAUCACUUUAUCGACGACAGCAUCAUAUUUUGCGCACGAAAAGCAUAGCCGAAGAAGAUACGGAAGAAAUACGUAAAAUCAAAAAAGUGCAAAGUCUCUGUCGUGGUUGGCUGUACCGGCAAAGAUGGAAACGAAUCGUCGAAGAAUAUAUACGUUCUCCACAUGCGGAAAUGAUGCGUAAACGUAACAGUAUAAUCUUCAAUUUGGUUGAAAGUGAACGAGAAUAUGUUCAUCAAUUAGAAAUUCUCGUCGCGAAUUAUGUGCGGCCAUUUCGAAUGGCGGCAAGUUCAAAGAAACCGCCAGUAACACACGAGGACAUUAAUUCAAUUUUUCUCAACAGUGAAAUUAUUCUAUUUUUGCAUCAAAUUUUUUACAAGGGCCUAUCAAAAAAGUUAGAAAAUUGGCCAACGUUUUAUACUGGCGAUUUGUUCGACAUGUUUCUAUCCAUGGUACAUAUUUAUCUCGAAUAUGUUCGUAACCAUCAUUACAGUUUACAAAAUUUAAUUGAGUGUAAAUUGAGUAACUCAGAAUUCAGUAAAUUCCUCGAUCGAUGUGAAAUGAAACCUGUUUGUGAAGGUUUAUCGCUGGAAACACUUUUAGUUCUACCAAUGAAUCGAAUUCCUUAUUAUAUUAUUACACUUGCGAACUGUUUAUCACACACACCACAUGCACAUGUCGAACGAGAAAAGCUUGAGCACGCUAAAGAUAAACUUGAAGAACUUUCAAAAAUUAUGCACGACGAAGUGUCGGAAACCGAACAUAUACGCACAAAUUUAGCCAUCGAACGAUCGAUUGCUGAGGGCUGUGAUGUACUUCUAGAUGUUAAUCAAGUUCUCUGCCGUCAAGAUGGUCUCUUUCUAUGGACUGGUGAUAAGAACAAAGCAAACCUAACCCAACGCUUAACUCAGCGCGAACUUCGUCGUAAUGAAAUGGUUGUACAAUGUUUUCUUUUUUCCAAUCAUCUUGUAACCACUACUCGUGCUUCAAAUGGAAAAUUACAUCUUGUUAAAGGUUGUGGAGUGAUUCCAUUAGCUGAUGUCACACUAAUCGAAGAUAUCAGUACCGAUCCACAAAAUCUGCUCGCGUCAGUUACAGAAGAAGAUAGUAUUGAUGAUACAAAUUCGAAUAUAACAGAUAAUAAGAACGGUGAAAUCGAUACAUAUAUUAAUCGUCUAUUUCGUUUGAUUGUUGAAUCGCGUGAUCAAACACCUUAUUCAACAACAUUCGUUGCCAAUGAUGAAAAUCAUAAAUCUGAAUGGUGUACAGACAUAGCACAAUGUCUGCAAAAUCUUCGUUACACGGAGCUCGUGACAACAUCCUUUCGUAAUGAAUCAUCGGUGAUUGCGCCUGAAUCUGUCAAAUCGGAUGUUAAAUUGUACAAAGAUGAUUCGAAAAUGAAGUUCUCCAAGACACUCGACUCAUGUAAAAUACCACAGAUUCGUCAUGCAACACUUGAACGUUUAUUUGAACGUUUAACAGAUCUACGAUUUUUAUCAAUUGAUUUCUUGAAUACAUUUCUGCUGACAUACAGACUGUAUACGGAUGCGUACACAGUGAUGGAAACAUUGAUACGAAUUUAUAAAUCAUCGCCGCACACCUCACUGGAUCAUACGAAUGAAACAGAUACACAAAAGGCAGAUGAACAUCACAAAGAAAAGAAGAUUAAAAUCAAUGAACAUGAUAAUGAAUUAACGAGAAGAGUCUCGACAGUAAUUGAAACAACAGCGAAUUCGAAAACAGAGCAAGAACGUGAUCUAAGGCGGCAUUCACAUAUUGGAUCAUUCCGUCGAGGCAUAAGUAUCGAGCAAACAGAAGUUGUUACCAGUACAACAACAGUCACAAAAACGGCUGAAAAAAAAGUGUCACUAAAACCCACGGAAACCAUCGUGGCAUUGCCAACCUUAGCAACAAUUCCAUCAAUGGAUGUCGAUGAAUCAGCUGAUUCAGCUCAUCGUCCACUAGCACCACUGGCUUCAUCUGAAACCUUUUCCGAUGUCAAUGCCAUUAAUUCGGAUGACCAUCAACGUGUUACUAGUGGAGAGACUGCAUCAGCCAAGGCCGAACAAUAUCUACGAAGUCCACAAUCAAGUCGGAAAACAACUAAAAGUGAAUUUGAUUCAUUGGAGAUUCUCUUUGAUUUUCCUUCAUCGGGAAUAUCCACCGACACUCAUCUCGACGUGGAAACAUCAACGCAAACAGUUAGUCAUACUCGUUUCUCGGCGAAUAAUCAAGUUAUGAGUAUUGAUCAAGAAGAACAAAAAGGUUUACAAAUUCAAAAAACCGACAGCCCAACAGGACUACAGCAACAACGCGGACGACUCGAUUCAAGCGGAGCGGCCAUGGGAAAUAACACCCAAGCGAAUCAAACUACAUCACAAAAUGUUAUCAUGCUCUCUAAACGUUUAAGCGAAGUACUUUCUUCACCGCGACAAAGUUUGCGGAAUGCCGCCGAAGGGACAUUCAAGAAAGUUCUACCUGGUGUUGUAGUCACAUCAUCACGAUCAUCUCGUCGUCGAACAAGUUCUGCAGCUGCUACACAAGCAUUCGCUGUGGCCACAUCUGGUGAAUCACCAAAAAUAACACGUAAUGAAAGACUAACCAGCACUACAGGUAAGCUAGGCAGGAACGAAACUGUCGUUUUUAAAUUUCUUGUAUUACAAAUAAACAAAACAGGUUCAAACUCAACAUCACCACAGCCGACAACAGGCAGUAAUCCUCUAGGAACAUCACCAAGAGAACAAAAGACCAACGAAUAUACCAUUGUUAACACAGCUUCAACAAUGAGAGUUCUCAAUGUCGUGAGACACUGGUUAACCAAACAUCCUCUAGACUUUCAUCAGGAUCCCAAAUUGAAAGAAAUGGUUCUGGAACUUUUGCAAGAUAUGCUAUUAAAUGGUCAUUUGAUCGCGACUGAACAUAAAGCAGCUGUCGCAAUCAUCAAACAAUUGGAAACAAAUGAAAUCGAACAGCGUAAUGCCGAAUUACGAAUGAUUCUCACACCAGUACAGCCUGUCAACAUCACAUUUGAACAAAUAGCUGUUUCUGAUAUCGCUGAACAAAUGACUUUAAUCGAUCAUAAAUUAUUUUGCGCAUUAAACAGCGAAGAAUUGAUUCUACAAGGUUGGAUGAAACCAGGCCGUGAUGAUUUAGCACCAAAUGUUGCGCUCAUAUCACGACGAUUCAAUGAAAUGUGCCGUCUGGUGAUAACAGAAAUUCUUUCUGAACCUACGGCGAAUGGGCGUGUUCAGUGUAUUGAAAAAUGGGGUAAAGAUUUGUGUGAUUUCGACAGCACACGCUCAUAUAUUUACUUGCUAGGCACCAUUGCUGAUAUAUGUCGUUAUUUACGAAACUUCAACGGCGUUCUUCAAAUCAUGGCUGCUUUUGUCAAUAGUUCAGUGUAUCGUUUGAAACAAACAUGGGAUCGUAUAUCAAAGCAAAACAAACAAGUGAUUAAUAAACUACAGAGUCUUGUUCAUUCCGAUGGAAAAUUCAAAAACUUACGUGAUACAUUAACAAAGGUAGAUCCACCAUGUGUACCUUAUCUUGGUUUAUAUUUAUCGGAUUUAACAUUUAUUGAAGAAAGCUCACAGGAUUUGUCCGAAGAAAACCUAAUAAACUUUUCAAAAAUGCGAAUGAAAACACAUAUCAUCAGUGAAGUUCGUCGUUUUCAAUCAACAUCAUUCAAAAUCAAGCAUAAUUCACGUAUGUGCUCGUACUUACUGGAUACAUCACGUUUAUUAUCUGAAGACCAAUGCUAUAUUCUUUCACUGAAACUUGAACCUCGCGCAUCUCGUGCUGGAAUACCAAAUACCGGUGUUUAG